UUUUCUUGGUCGCACGUGGACGGAAAAACACGUAAAAUGUGUCCCCUAUCACUAUCUCUAGUAGGCCGUGGUCCCAUCAGCAUUUACAACGGUUUAUUUAUCAAGUUUUACGGGAAUAGGAUUAGUCAGCGGUUAAAUAAUAGAGAAAUAAGGAGAGAAGCAACCUAGGAGAGAUAAGAGAGAGGACGAAUAUACAUAGGAAAACAACUAGGAGGGCGACAUGGCAGUUAUCGCUAAAACGAUAAAGACACUCGUGUAAACUUUUCCAUAACCGAACCGCAAAUAGACUGGUGUUGUGACAGUUCGUCAGUCGUUUAGUAUAAAAUACUGUAUCGACCAUUACCAAUAGUUUUAAGUAAUAAGACAGCAUCGGACCUGAUUAAAGCAAAUGUUUUGUGCUAAUUACGUGCUUUUAUAUAUGAACGUUUUUUUUUUAAUUCUAAUGAUAUGCAAGACUUGAUUUUAGCUGCAAGAAAUGUGACUUAAGCCUUGAGAGUUAGGAACUGAGAUAUUAUUAUAGGAAGGAGGAAAUUAUUAGACAGAAGACAAACAACAAAGAGAGAAGAGUUUUCAUGAACGAAAACGUAUAUUAAGACUUCAUUUCUAAAGUUAGAAAGUAAACGUGUUUCAUAUACGUAGCUCGGAUUGACACAAGUUCAUGCUUUUAUGCGUAUUGCUAUUCCUUAUACAUAUGUUUUGUGCGUGUGAAUUUCUGGGUCGUUCUACUCGCGUAUCUACAUCGAUGAUUGCUUAUCGCGGAAAUCGCGAAACGUAACUGCAAUGCCUGGAGCCAAACCAAACCCCCUGCUGUUUAAACGCUGCAGUUAUGUGUCUUUCGUUGCGAAAAUGUUGCGUAUAUAAGCGUGUAGUGGUUUUCAGUAAACCUGAUUAUACAAGGGUGAACCGAGCUACGUGUUGUUGUGGGUGAGAGGAAUAAGCGAGACGUUUUGCUAUGGUGAUUAACGGGACCAGCUUCGAGACAAUUUCGUUAGUUGAUUCCAACUAAAAUCUAUUCUUCACUCUUAAAAACGUGAUAGCAAUGUAAUCAUGUAUUUGGGACAUUCUAUUUAAGACGGUUUUGAUGGUGCCGUGAUAUAUUUGUUCCGGCCGUUGAAUUCACUUUUCAACUGACAGUUAGAAAAUUUACUUAUUAAACAAAAACAACAGAAAAUAGUGUUAAGCCAAGAUUGUGAUAAAUUUUCCAAAAUUUUUUUAACAGAAACUAAUUUAAGCAUUAGUUGAAAUGUCUGAUCAAACUCAAGCGGUUGAUGCGGAAAAAAUUGCCCGACAGCGUGCACACGAGUACGCACAUACCUUCUCCGCAGAACAGAAGGAAAAACUGGAAAACUACAAAGCGUGGGCGACUGAUUACAACACAGACGUAACGGCAUUGGAGUAUACUGCACCUAAACACUGCGUAGACUUAAUCCUUAACGCUGUAAACAAACAUUCGGAAAUUUCAAUGAAUUCUUCCGUUGUGGACUUCUGCUGUGGAACAGGACUUGUAGCGAAUCGACUUCGCUCGGUUGGAUUUACAGGCCCAAUAGACGGAGUUGAUGGUUCGGACGCCAUGUUGGAUCUGACUGAUGGUGUUUACAGAAACACAUUUUGUCAAUUUCUAGAUCCGGGAAAAAAUCUGCCGGAAAUGCUGUCGUCUUCACAGUACGACGUGGCCGUGAUGGCCGGUGGUUUCGGGCCGGCGCAAGUCGACGCGGGUUGCUUAAAACACCUUAUCAAUGCGAUAAAAAUCGGCGGGGUCUGCAUUUUUAGCACAAGAACCAACCGUUGCAGUUCGGAAUUUUCGAAGAAGCUUGACAAUGAACUGACGAAGUAUGUGCAUAGUGACGUCAUAGUUAUAGAUGAGCUACGUAAUAUUGAUAAAUUUGAACUCUCAUCCUUCCCGGAAGAAAUGAAAGAAACAAGAUACAUUCCUGGUGUCGCGUAUUGCUUAUUGAAGUUAAAACCUAUUACGGAAGAAACAUAAUUUGAUUUUACUGGUUACCAAUAAAUACAAUUCGUUUAUAUUAUUCAUCGUACUUUAUAUAACUAUGAAACCAUAUCUUCACGACUCUAAAUGAGUGUUGGUAAUUAUUAAAACACGAUCUAGGAAAGAUAUGGUUUAGGUUCUAACGGUAACCGUCUUACCCCACAGUGGUAUACAUAACUAUAUCCUCACGACUCUAAAAGAGCGCUGUUACUAGAUUAGGUAAUAUAGAUAUUAUGUGCCAACGGCAUUCGUCUUACUUCACAGUACUAAAAAAGUAACUGUAUGUUCGCUGUUUCCAGUAUGUAUAUAAAAAAUAAAAUACUUGGGUGUUUUUAUUGUGAAAUAUCACAGUGUAUUUUAUUCCGCUAAGUGGUGCCAGUGAGCCAUACAUUUUGAGACUAGGUAAUUACUGUUAUACAGACGGUGUUAUCAAGCAUUGCUAAAUUAUGUAUUCAUAUUAUUUGAGCGGUUCUCAUGCCUGUGUAAAACGUACAUGGUGAUUCGCAUUUGCGUAUUGAAAUAAACGAAUAACAACAUAA